AUGGACCUGCUCACAAUCUUCUGUCACCUCCUGCUUAUAUGUUUUGAUCCAUCUGCAGCCACAAGCCUCAUUACAGCGGACAUAUUCGAAGCCAGAGGUCAACGUGUGUGCAAGGCAGGAAAGGGGAAACCGUGUUACAAGCUGGCCUAUUUCUCUGAGCUCCGGCGGAGGCUGAACUUCGUGGAGGCAGAGCUCGCCUGCAGACGGGACGGAGGGCAGCUGCUGAGCGUGGAGUCGGAAUCUGAGCAGAAGAUCAUAGAGCAACUCAUCACAGAGCUCCGCCCAACCGAUGGAGAUUUCUGGAUCGGCCUCCGCCGUAACCAUGGAGACGAGGAUAGCAGCUCAGACUGCUCCCCACAGUACUACUGGUUGGACGGCAGCAAGUCCUCAUUUAGGAACUGGCAUUGGGAUGAGCCGUCAUGCGGCUAUGAGGUGUGUGUUGUGAUGUAUCACCAGCCGUCCGCUCCUCCUGGUCUGGGGGGGCUCUACAUGUUCCAGUGGAAUGAUGACAAUUGCGAAACCAAGAACAACUUCAUCUGCAAAUACACUGCAGAGAAGCCGGGCGACCCUUCCCCUUCUCCCAACUCCACUCAAACAAAUGUCUUCACUUCACCUGUGGUGCCAUGGAAUCCAAGUGACCACAACCAUAACAGUACAGCUCUGAACUUGGUUUACAUCAUCAUUCCCACCAUUCCUCUGAUACUGCUGUUACUGACAGUGACUGGAGUCUGCUGCUUCAAACUGAUUGUCAGACGAAAGAGGAAAGAGCAGAAAUCAGAAUUAUGCCAGACAGACCCGGGCCUCUGCCCCAGCGCGACUCCGACUGACGUCUACAACGUCAUUCGCUCCCAGAAGGACGAUGACCUGGUUUCAGCUCGCCCACACACCAAAAACACCUCCUUUUUAUGCUCCUCCCCUGAUACACCGACGGGUGACUACGACAACCUGGGCGGUCGGGACACUGAAAGCGGCUUCGUGACGCUUGCCAGCACAGAGAGCUGCUUCCUCAACUUUGACCUCAAUGACCUCAGCCUUGGGCGUCGUGGCACCUUCUACGACACAAGCUUGGGUCGCUCUGGAAAAAGGGACAUGAAUGACAGCAGUCUUGGUUGCACCGGGCACAGAGAGUUUUAUGACAGAAGUCUGGGUCGACGCACAACUAAGAGUGAGCAUUAUGGAAGCAGUGUGUACGGGGAUCAUGGAUUGUAUGAUGGCAGUAUCAGAGGAGGGACUGACCUCUAUGAUCCCAAACUGAGGCUUGGAAGUCGCACUGUAAAGGCUGACCUCUAUCAGACAUACGUCACCAGCGGCAAGGAAGACACUUACCAAACCAGCCUCGGAACCUAUGGAAACCGAAAAUCCUACCAAGCAAAUCUGGAUUGCUACAGAAAUGGCCUGACUCUUGAUGGCAGAGGGAGAUACUUCAAUGAACAAGAAUGGAUCAACAGAGAAAACUACUGA